AUGGCACCGUCGUACUGUGCAGCGAGGGACGACCCGGACAGCAAGUGGCCCAACUUCUGCCCAUCAACUGCUGCCGCCUACCUCUACUGCAUACUGUUCGCCCUCACACUGAUUGCCCACAUCACCCAAUCCAUCAUCUAUCGCAAAGGAUACUCAUGGGUAGUGGCAAUGAGUGCCCUCUGGCAAUUCCUCGCCUACGCCUUUCGCAUCGUCAGCAUCAAGAACCCAACAAAGACGUCGUGGUAUUCCGCAUGGUUCAUUCUCAUCCUGCUUGCCCCGCUUUGGAUUAACGCCUAUGUCUACAUGGUUCUUGGUCGCAUGGUCUACAAUUACACCAAGAGUGCCAAAAUACUUGGCGUCAAAGCCUGGCGCUUCGGUCUUACCUUUGUAGGGCUCGACAUUGUUGCCUUCAUUGUGCAGGUCAUCGGAGCUGCUUCAGCCUCUGGCAGUAACAAGUCACACACCGCCAUCAUGAGGGGUCUCCAUGUCUACAUGGGUGGAGUCGGCCUUCAACAACUUUUCAUCAUCAUCUUCUUUGGUCUAGCUAUUCUCUUUCACAGGGAGAUGAACCGGGACCUGCCUAAAGCUUCGCGACCGCGACCGCUUACUCUUCUCUAUGUGGUCUACUCUGCACUAGCACUGGUAACUGUUCGUAUCAUCUUCCGUCUGGUCGAGUACUCUGGGGGCCUCGAUACCGGUAUCUCGGCGCACGAGGCUUAUCAGUAUGUCUUCGAUUCAACAGCCAUGCUCAUAGCGCUCGCUCUCUUCAACGUUGUGCAUCCUGGAAGAAUUAUGCUGGGUAAGGAGUCGAAUUUUCCAAGCCGGAAAGACAGAAAAGCGGUAGGGAAGGAUCAUGUCUGGGGCAGGGCCGGACAAAAUUCGCAUACUACCGACGAAAACUCACAGUCCUGGGUCAAUCUGGACAGAGUGCAGUCGAAGGGCUCAAAUGUAUGA